UGUUCAGCUGAUCGUUUGUUUACAUUUGUAUUUUUUUUUUUUUUUUUUUUAAGUGCCGCGGUUAAUUCCGUCAUGUUUUAUUCUGCACGUUAGUUUCGUUCGGACAGGAUAGGUUAGGACCGUGUAAUAUGAAUAUUCCUAACGAUUCCUAAUGAAGAAGGCCCCUCUCCACGACAUUCCCUAUUGAUCAGGUCGGCCCGCUCACUGAUACUACUCUUAUGCCUUCAAGAAAAUGUAAAAAGGGAAUCCUAGUUUGUUGAGAAUAAGGAAAAGCAUGUCACCAGUGAGUGUGUAGAGCCAAGCAGUGUGAGAGAGGAACACGCCAACCAUGAAGACUGGGGGAGAUUUUCGGGACCACCUGGUUGACCUCACUGAUGGAAGCGGCCGACCAGGGGAGGCAGCCUCAGAGAAGCAACCGCAGCGCAGGAGCACACCGGGACGGAUGAAGCUUGAGAAGUGGCUUCACUCAUCCAUGAAGAUUGAAAUGACAGAUGGCAGAACUCUGGUUGGAUCCUUUGUCUGCACUGACAGAGACAACAACAUCAUCCUGGGUUCUUGCACUGAGCAUCUCAGGCCAGACGAGGAUGGGAGAGAAGAAGAGCCUCGUGUCCUUGGCUUGGCAAUGAUUCCUGGACGUCACAUUGUGUCAAUCUGUAUUGAUGAAGCCUCUCAGCCUCCUGCACCACCCUCCAGUCUUUACUCAUAACUGCCUUGCACCACUCAGGUGUUUACUUGGUUUUGUGAUAAGACUUUGUCAUUGGCUAAACAACUACAUGCUAGAUCUCAUACUUUUAGGCUAGUUUCUCUCUCUCUCUCUCUCUCUCUCUCUCUCUCUCUCUCUCUCUCUCUCUCUCUCUCUCUCUCUCUCUCUCUCUCUCUCUCUCUCUCUCUCUCUCUCUCUCUCUCUCUCUCUCUCUCUCUCUCUCUCUCUCUCUCUCUCUCUCUCUCUCUCUCUCUCUCUCUCUCUCUCUCUCUCUCUCUCUCAUGAAGUGAUAAAUGCAUCGUGCAUCAUUUUGUGCCGUGUAAAGAUCCUUUUAGACUUUUAUAAAUUAGUAGAUCUGGAAAGAGAGACUAUAAAUCCCACAUGUGCAUCUACUCUGCAUCAUCACAAGAGCCUUAAUACUGGGCCAGCUUCUUGCCUGUGUUCAUUUGAGGUGUUUGCAUUGCUGGCCAGGAGUAGCUGUUGUCCUGCCCCACCUCUCUGGGGACUAUUUGUUUUGGAAACAAAGCAUUUCAUAAUCCUGCAAGUUUCCAAGGCUCCUCAGCAGCUGCUCAGAAUGGGAUGUGUUGGAAACUUCUCGGCUGUGGAGAGCUUGCAAGUGACUGAAGAAGACCCGUUGAAAUUCUGUGAUUAUCUUAACUUCAUAAUUGAGUAGUAGGGAACUAGAGAGUAAGAUUGUUUACCUUAUGAUGUGGUGUGCAUGGUCAUUCUUUCAUCUCUGCCACCGGAGCACAACUUUGGCCGUGGCUCUUGUCAUCAACUUCAUGGUGUGUUGCUUUGUGUUUAAAAAUCUGGCUUUGAUUCUGGUUGUGAUAAUAUCUCUCUAUCUGUAUACCAGGCUGGCAAUCCCCCAUGGGGUGACCCAAACAAAACGCCACUUACUCAUACAUGUACACACAUCAUACAUACAUCAUUCACACUCUUAGCCCUGUUGGUCCCUAAUGGAAAGGGACAGUCUUGUAUACCCCCUUCAUAAUGAGGCUAUUCCGUAGCCUACACCUACUCCAGCUCUUAGACUACAGCACAUACAGGAUACUAGUAAUGAAAGCUCAUCAUAAAUUCCUCAUAUCUGACAUUUCUGUGGGCACAGUCAUUCCACUGUUUCUCAGCUGUCCUCAUUAAAGGCAGUUGGCUGCUGCCCUGCACAACUGUAUUGCAAUCACCUCAUUAGGUACAUUAGUAGUGUCUGAGAAUUAGAGAGACUAAGCACAAUGCAACAAUCAUCCUGUACAGAGUAAUAAAAAUAUUUCUUUCCAA